CUUCGCCAGUGUUUCCGAGCAACAACCGCAGCGAGAGGCAGGAAUCCACCCGCUCUUCAUUCACUCGUUUAUUUCUACCUCUUGUUUCAGUCCUCUAUCCCUCCUGUGCUGCUGCUGCUGCCGCCUCCUUUCAUCCCUCUCUCUCUCUCUCUCUCUCUCUCUCUCUCUCUCGCUCUCUCGCUCUCUCUCUCGCUCUCUCGUAGUUGGAGGAGGAAGAGGAGGAGGAAGGCAGGAGGGGUGGAGAGGAAUAGCAUUGCGAUACUGCAGGAACAGACUGAGGAGCUACAGGAGAGAAGAGAGAGGGAGAGGAGAAGGAGAGGUAGAAGAAAGGAGGAAAAGAAAAGGAAAAUCAGGGAGGUAAAUUAAAAGAAAUGAGCCGUUAAAGAGGAAAAAUUGAGGAUGGAGGAUGGGAAAACGGGGGAAAUGAAGUAAAGUGAGAGGAUAUAGAGUGGAGAAAAGAUGGGGAAAGAUACACAAAGGUAAAGAACAGCAAAAAAAGGUUAAAGAGGAAAAGAAAUAGAAGAAGAGAGGUAGGGUGGGAAAAGUGGAAUGAGAGACUGACGAAGAGGAAAAGAAUGAGUUGGGAAAGUAGAAAUGUGGUUGAGGAAGAGGGGAAAAAGAAAACUGGAAUAAAAGAAGAGAUGUGAACGAUUUCAUCUACUUGCGGGACAAAAAGAAGAGGUGAAGCCAGAGCUUCGUGAUCGGACGGAGAACCUGAAGGUUUACAGGUGAAGAUCUGGUGCAGUGUUCGGCUGAAGGAUGGAAGGAUCGAUGUGAAGAUGGAUCACUACAAGAAGGAUUGAACUGUCAGAUUCUUGGCAGUGAAAGCAUUUUCCAUUGACAAACGCAGCCAAAGCUCCCUAAAUCUCUGCAGAACUUUGCUCCGUUUUUCUCCAGAUCUUGUUUAAACAUGAAACUGAAACUUGAACAAUUUUUCCCUGAAAACUUCCAGCCGUCGGACCGACUCUGCUCCACGUGUGAGAGAUGAAACUGGAGGACACAGACGGACGGAAAGUUACUGAUCUGUGAAGGAUGAAGAGAUGUGAUCGUUGUUCUGAUUAACAAAUUAAAACCUGUUGGAAUGUUCUCUGUGGCGUUCGGUGCUUAAAUCAAGAGACAUCGAUUUACAGAUGAGACCUGAAAUUUUGAGGUUUGAUCAGUUGGAUGUGUUGUCUGAUUUGUCAGAUUUCUUUUGGACUUCAGUGACAAUAGAAAUAUUUGAAUUACCUGAUGGAUGGGAGGUCAGUUAAAGAAAGACUUGGACAUAUUGGACACAUGUUUGUGUGACGAAGAUAAGAGUGGAGAGGAACGAGGGAGGAGAUUGUAGGUAUUUGGCAUGAAUUACUCCCAUAAGAGGAAACAAGUGGGCAAAUGAAUGGCUGGAAAAUGAAAGUGAUGUGAGUAGUUUUAGUUAAGAAAUCAGGAAGAAUCUCGAAAAACUCAUAUUUCUGUAGGAGUUGUUGAUAUUUUGAGACUUAAUUUGGAUUGUUGAACUAUUUCCUGAUUAUUGGGCAGAGUAAAAUCAAGGAAAGCUUCUAUAUUUUUUGACAUAUUUGACAAAAAUGACCAACAACCUAUCAUGCUAUCCAAGAGUCGAAAUGGCUUGAGUUGCUUUGACCAGUGAAAUAUUGGAAGAAUUGGAGAGUCAUCUAAAUAUCAUUUUAAGACAAGUUAUUGAUGGAUGGAUGUCAUUUACAACAAUCAAUGGAACAAAUUCCAGGAAAAAUAGCAUAUUCCUAAAGAUAUCUUUGAUGAAAACAAAAAUGUUGUUGAAAACUCCCAAAUUCCUUUAGAGUUUGCAAAAAAACUCACUUACUGGUGAAUUGACAACCAGUUUACUGCUAUUUUAAGAAUAAAUUGAUGCUGUAAAUUAUAUAUACUAAUUGAUUUAUUUGAUAAUUUUAAAGAAUUUUCCCAAGGAGUUUGGUGAGCAUGAUUCAUGUUAAUUAGAUUUCUACAAUGGAUUGAGGAACAGGUCAUGUAAAGUCAAAUGGAUGGAUGGAUCAGAUACAUUUCUAUUGCUGGAUGUUUGUGGGAGCAUGGUAAAUUGUUUUUGAACUGCAAAUUGAGCGAAAUCUUAGAAACUCACAAAUUUUCACAAGCCAAUUUCCUGAUAUUUUAGAGCUACAGUUACAUUUUAUGACCUACAGACUGACAGCUGUUGUAGCUGUUAGUAUUCUAAAGAAAACUGUUGAUUGGUUUGAUGGGAACAACUCAAGGAUCCAUUUAUUCCAUUGGAUUUCUGCUGGAAGAGAACUUUCCCAGAACUUUUUCGGCCAAGAAAGUUUCUGACAACUGGACUAAUCCCAAUAAACAACUGAUACAGUAGAAGUUUGUUCAUAUGAUUCACAAUGGCAACACAUUUUCAACGAAAACAAAUGUGGAUGACUGUGAAAAUAUCUUUGGGAACAAUGACCUGUCAACUGGUUAUUGAUGGACUCUGACCAGACACUUUUGGAUGCUUGUUGCACAGAACACGUUUUGAAGAUACAGACACGUUUUUGGAUCCAACAGCUGCUCUAAACCUCUGUGAAAACUCUAUUUUCUGGAUACUGUUUAAUCUCUGAUUUGGAAAGUUCAAUUUUCUGGGACCACUGGCUCCACAUGCUGAUUUUUGUCACUGCCAUGUUCCACCGCUGAACGGUUUCCAUCGCUGCUCAGCCUUGAUGAUGAUUCAUCAGAUUCUUCUCCUGUAAAUCCAUGAUUUUGUGCUUCUUGUUGGAAUAAGUGCGGUUCUUUGCAAUGGAUGAGAACAGGUUCGGACACAGUUCCUCUUCAAGGCGAAGAACUCUGAGCAGAUAAUGGAUUGGAAGGAACUGGCGGCUCAGAAGCUCAGUCUGUCCCGCAGGAAGAAGUCCCAGGCCGGCCCGCCCUCCUCGCCUGGUGAAGCUCCGGGACUGCUGCUGUACACCGGCGGCUUCAGCGGGGCCCUGCAGCUCUCCCCUCCUGCCGUCCCACCAUGCCUCCUUCGAGCCGGGUCGAAGGUCAAGGACACGCCGGGGAUGGGGAAGGUCAGAGUGAUGGUCCGGAUCUGUUCGGUCCACAGCAGCGAGUCCUCAGAGUCCAUGUCCUUCCUGAAGGUCGACGGCAGAAAGAAGCAGCUCACUCUGUGCGAGACUGGUGGACUCUCUGCUGCCCAGAGACGAUCCUCGGCCUCCGCACCCAAGACCUUCACCUUCGAUGCAGUCUUCUCACAGGACGCCUCACAGGCUGAGGUGUGUUCAGGGACGGUGGCAGAAGUCAUCCAGUCGGUGGUGAACGGAGCAGACGGCUGCAUCUUCUGCUUUGGACAUGCUAAUCUGGGGAAGACGUACACCAUGAUUGGUCGAGACUGCUCCACCCAGAGUCUGGGCGUGGCUCCGACUGCCAUCUCCUGGCUCUUUAAGGUGAUCGAGGAGCGUAAAGAAAAGUCCGGAGGGCAUUUCUCUGUCAGAGUGUCGGCUGUGGAGAUCUCCGGUCGGAGGAGACGCUCACCGACCUCCUGGCUGAAGCAUCCUCCUCAGCUGGCGGCCACCAAGAGGCUCCGGGCCCCGCAGUUUCCCUCAGAGAAGAUCCUGUCUGUGGAUCCCAGGUAG